GGAACAAAGUAGUACGUGCACAGGAUCACAUCCUCUACCAGCUACCAGACUCACGUGCCCACUAUUCGAUAUUUAAUGACUUAAUAACGAUUAUACGAUUGUAGGCCGACGCUACGUCUUAUUAUCUCUCCUCCCCUCCAGUCUGAGCGGUAGACGGAGUUGAAACCAUAGGAAACAAGUGAAAUGAAUAGUGAGAGUGAGUGAACUGAAGACUUCAAGUGACGGGAGUGAAAACAAUACAAGUUGUGACUGAAGCUGCAUUCCCAAGCGUGUGAUGUGUGGCGGCCGUCUCAUUUGAAGGAGCGAGAAGCUGCCGCUGCUGCUACUGCUGCUGUCCGUACUGUCCCCUCCUCCCUACCCUUCUCUCUCUCUCUCUCUCUCUCUCUCUCUCUCUCUCUCUCUCUCUCUCUCUCUCUCUCUCUCUCUCUCUCCACACUUCUCUUGGGAUUUUGGGAGCUGAAAGCAACGAGGGGGACAGAGCCAUCCGUGUCCAGGGCUGUCAGCGUGCAUCUUGAUUCGACCGCCUGCAUCAAGGAGAAAAGAGAGCGGGAGGGAGAGAGAGGGUGUAAAGAAGUGGGGAGGGGGGGGGGAGAAAGUCAAAUCUCUCUCUCUCUCUCUCACUCUGGGACACUUGUGAAGGGGAACCAAGGGAGAUCCAAAGCUACGGAGAGGAGCAAAGACGAGUAGGAAGAGGAGGGGGGGAAUACAAGGGAGAAAAAAAGAAAAAGAACACAUGCUCCCAACUCCUGCCUCAGUUUCAUGCGCUUGGAAACAACGAGAGUCACAAAAACGUGAAGGAAUAAAAAACCAAAGCAAACAGAAGAGAAAAAGAAGUGUGCGGGAGAGAGAGGGGAAAUAAAACCAAACAAUAGAAGCAGCCAGCCUGAGCACUCGCGCUCAGUGUCAGAUGGAGAGGAGGAGGAGGCGGGAUUGAUGAGGUUCCUCCCGCUGCUGCCGACGCUGCCGCUGCCCUUACUGCCGCUCCUGCCUGGACUCUUCUAAUUGCCGUCCGCGCGGCUGAUCGGAGAGGACCACUCGCUGCCGCUGCCGUUGCCGUGACUGCUGUUGCCGUCUCUUCCCCCCCCUUGCCUCUCGGUCUCUGCGUCCCUCCCCCCCCGCCAUCACUCUUGAAGCUAAUCAGCCCCGUCCGCGGGAGAGAGGAAAGGAGAGACAUGGGAGUCCUGGUGUGUGGCGUCUUACUUCUGGCCCUCAUCUGUCAAAGCCAUAGCUACAGCGUCAGAGACCCCCUCAGCAGGUUUAAGAGGUAUCAGGAGGCUCCCUGGUCCGACCCAAAUGACUGCUCCAGGAUAAGACAGCCUGCCAUCCAGUCCAACCCCCAUAAUCUGACACUGGACAUCCGAAUGCCAGGAGUGAUCCCAUCAGCAUCGGACACGUACCUGUGCAUGGCUGUUCCUGUGCCUACCCAGAGGGACACCUAUAUAGUGGACUUUGUGCCUCAUGCGUCAAUGGACACAGCUCACCACAUGCUCCUGUACGGCUGCAGGACCCCUGUGUCCACCAAAGGUUACUGGGACUGUGGGGCGGAGCAGGGCACCUGUAAAGACGAGGCCAAAAUCAUGUACGCCUGGGCCCGCAACGCCCCUCCUACCAAACUGCCCAGAGAUGUUGGAUUCAGAGUUGGGGGUGACACCCGCAUCACCCACUUUGUGCUGCAAAUUCACUAUGGUGACGUCAGUGCAUUUAGAGAUCACCAUAGAGACUGCUCAGGGCUUACUCUCACGAUGACUUCCAAACCACAGCCCUUUAUUGCUGGCAUGUACCUGAUGAUGUCUGUAGACACAGUCAUCCUCCCGGGAAAAGAGGUGAUGACAAACGCAGACAUCGCCUGUCCUUAUGUGUCAUAUCCAAUACACCCUUUUGCCUUCAGAACCCACACACACCGUCUGGGUCAAGUUGUCAGUGGAUACAGAGUACGUGAUGGAAAGUGGACCCUGAUUGGACGUCAGUCGCCACAGUUACCACAGGCGUUUUACCCGGUGAGCAACUCCAUCACGGUGGAGUUCGGAGACACGCUGGCUGCCCGCUGCGUCUUCACUGGGGAGGGGAAGACGACAAAGACGCGCAUCGGUGGGACUUCGGAAGAUGAGAUGUGCAACUUCUACAUCAUGUACUACAUGGAGAGCAAGUACGCGACGCCCUACAUGGACUGCAUGAAUCACGGGCCCAGCGAGCUCUUCAGGAGCAUCCCCCCCGAGGCCAACGUCCCCAUCCCCGUACCUGCGGGCCACAUGAUGAUGGGCAUGAUGCACGGAGGCGCCCAUGGUACAGAUGAUCAGGAUGACUCUGCCUUGCUCGAGCCAAAGAGAGCGGAGGAGGAUGUUCUUGAUCAGGGUGACAUCUAUUCCCUUCUCUCCAAACUCUUAAGGGAGAGGGAGGACGUAGUCCACGUGCAUAAGUAUAACCCCAGCGAGGUCGAGCGUGCCCAGGCCGACCUCCUCGACAGCUUAAUGCAAAAGAAAGACCUGCCCUGGGCCAGUGCCAGGAUAGGCUACAACCAGAGAGGCAAUCCUAUUCUGGUGAGGGACAGAGUACACAAGUUCCACCAGUUAGAGUCCACUGUCAGGCCGGCCUUGGGCAGGAUUAUGCCAGUCUUGUGGCCCGCUACUGUCGUGGCCAAGGCUGAUAAAACAGGGGCUCAUCUGGAGGAGACGGCCGACUGGCCCGAGGCGCCGCUGCAGCUGGGCCAAGUGUCAGGCCUGGCCCUGGACUCCGACGGCAACCUGGUCAUCUUCCACCGCGGCGACCACCGAUGGGGGAUGAAUUCCUUUGACUACCAAGGCAGAUACCUGGAAAGAUCACUGGGGCCUAUCCAGCAGCCCACUGUCUUGGUCGUGGAUCCAGCCAAAGGCAAAGUGCUCAGGGCUUCAGGCAGCAACAUGUUUUAUAUGCCACACGGAAUCACAACGGAUAAGGAUAACUACUGGGUCACCGAUGUAGCACUUCACCAGGUCAUGAAAUUAAGUGGUGAUGGUCAAGACAAGCCACUGGUAGUCCUGGGUGAGGCCUUUGUACCAGGAAGUGACGAGCACCAUUUCUGCAAGCCCACGGAUGUGGCCGUGGAUCCCGAAUCGGGCAACAUCUAUGUGUCCGACGGUUACUGCAACCGGAGAAUUCUGACGUUCUCUCCCGACGGGAAAUAUCUCAAACAGUGGGGAGCAGGGUACACUGACCGCAGAAAACGACUACCCUUCCAGAUUCCACACAGUCUGGUGUUCCUGCCAGACAGACGGGAGCUCUGCGUAGCGGACAGGGAGAACGGACGCGUCCAGUGCUUCCUGGCCGAGACUGGGGAGUUCAUCAAAGAGAUCAAGAAGGACGAGUUCGGGGGAGAGGUUUUUGCUGUGUCCUACUCACCAGAGCAAGGUGGUCUGAUCUAUGCCGUGAAUGGGGAGUCUCCUACCGGCGUAUCGGCGCCUCUCAGGGGUUUCGUGGUGAAUUAUUCAACCAAGGAGAUCCUGGACACCUUCAGCCCCGACUCACAGAAGUUCAAGAUGCCUCACGACAUUGUGGUCAGCAAGGAUGGAAGUGUUUUUGUUGCAGAUGCAGACACCAACUCUGUGAUCAAGUUCGUCCCUGGAGGAAAAGCUGACCACCGGUCUGUGAAAAAAGGUGGAAUUGAAGUUCAGGAAAUUGAAGAGACAGAAACCAUUGUCCAGGCCCACCUGACGCCUCUCCAUAAGCUGCCUCAGCAGCACGCCAUCGUGCAGCAGCAGCAUCAGUCUGCUCUAGCCCCAGAGCCUCAAAAGCAGCAGCAGCAGCAGCAACAGCAGCAGCCCGAGCAAGAGCACGAGAAGGAGAAGAGCACGGUCCGGCAGGCUGCCCAGGGUGUCUCCCCGGCCGUCAUCACCACACUGCUGCUCAUCCCGCUGGUGGUCGUGCUCGCCGUGGGUGUUUUCAUCCGCUGGAAGAAGAGCCGCAUGUAUGGAGAUGACUAUGAAGUAAAACUGGAACCAAACUCCUCAGGUGGAAUCCUGGGAAAACUGAGAGGUAAAGCUGCGGGCACCUUGAACCUGGGCAACUUCUUCGCCUCUCACAAAGGCUACACCCGGCAAGGCUUCGACCGCCUGAGCACCGAGGGCAGUGACCAGGAGAAGGACGACGAAGACGCCACAGACUCUGAGAACGAGGAGUAUGCUGCCCCCCCACUGCCCCCCAUCUCCUCCUCUUAGGGGACCCAUACCCCCCCCUCCAGAGAUUCCUGCUGACCUGCCCGACAAACGCUGCCCACCAGAGCAAUCCUUCUGUCCAACAAACACCGUCAGGAUGUACUUUAAUCAUAUAUGUAAAACUGUUCAUAUCGGCUGCCAACACAUUUCUUAUUUAUUUGUGCAAACAUUUCCCCUCCGUAGGAGCGUUUUCUGACUGCCACUUUAAUUUAUUAGAUACGGGGACCAGAUGUAGGUGUGAAGCACUGGUAGAGCUAUGGAUGUAGCUCUAGAUGAUUAUUUUCAAAUAGGAUAUAUGGGAUAAUGACUAAAGACAGAGAAACUAUUUAGAGUUUUAUUUUUACUUUUUUUUUUUGCCAUGACUGAAUUAUUAUUGUUCAUAUACUUCCAAGUGAUUUAUCAACCAGAUAGCAUUUUUAUAAGUUAUCAGGUAAUUGCUCCAGAUGUUUGGUUGAUGACUUUAUCUGUACAUGUGUGCCUUUUUGAUUGUGUAUUUUUUGCCUUUCCGCAGCACCUGUUAUUACAAAUGUGCCACAUAAUGAAAGCGCUGCUAUUGUCAUCUGUAUUUUGAUUUAUGUUGUACCGCAUUCAAUGAAAGGCUAAAAAAAAUUGAAGAUUACUAUUAUUAUGUAUCUAAAGCUGUAUUUACGACAUUUUCCAAGCGGAUGUAUAAGAUGUGUCUGAUGUUUGUUGUGACACUGAAGUUUUAUCGCAAGAAUACUAUUUUCAGUAACAAUGUUAUUUGUGUAAUAAAGUGUCUGCAAAGCA